AUGUUACUGGGGGGUGCGAAUGGCUUCGGGGGGCUCCAGGCUCUGGUGCCGACACCCCCCAGACUGCUGCGGUCGUUGCUGGACGUGAAGCCCCUCAUCUCCUUCCAUUUCGAUACAACCUCCGCCCCAGUCCAGCUCUUCCCAAACUUCAGCGCAUUGGAGCCGGUGCAGAAGGCCAUCAUCAGCCACACGUUCGGAGUUCCUUUCAGCCCCAGGAAGAAACAGGCCAUUUCCUGUCAUGUCUGCCAACUGCGCUUCAAUUCCCAGAACCAAGCCGAGUCUCACUACAGAGGCAACAAACAUGCCAGGAAGGUCAAGGGACUGGAGUCGAAUAAGAUGAAGCCCAUCACAGCUGAUCACCGGGGCAGUGACCAGUCCAUUACCCCAAACCCCAUCUCCAAAACAGCCGGGACCACUGAGCAACGCACCGACACCAACACCACCACCAACAACACACCAGUGGGUUCCGGCCUCAUCCUGGACUCCGGAGCCCCAGACCAGCUCCCCAUCCCGGGCAUGUCCGAGAGUCUCACCGUGGAUACCGGGACCUGCCGUGAGCCCGAGGAGGACAAGGCGAAGAGGUUGCUUUACUGCUCGCUCUGCAAAGUCGUGGUGAACUCACGCUCACAGCUACAAGCUCACAACACCGGCACCAAACACAAGGCCUUGGUGGAAGCCCACAGUGGGGCAGGUCCUAUAAAGGUCUACCCCAGGUCCAGCCGGAAGGUCAAAGCUCAGACCAUCUUGGCUUGUGGUUUACAGGAGAAGAACUUCCAUUGCCAGCUGUGUGACGUUCGCGUCCACUCCGAUCUGCAGCUCAAGCAGCACAUUUCCAGCAGGAAACACAAGGAGAGAGUCGGAAGGAAGACUUCGAGGUCCAAGUACAAUCCCUACAGCAAACAGCACAGACACAUCGCAACACCAAUGAGUCGUUAA